GCCUUGUCCUUCCUCUCCCUUCUCCCUGGUUUCUAUUCCCCUCCUCGCUUCUCUCCGGAAGGGGAAAAAAUUCCCAAUCCCUCUCCGGAAUCCACCGAUCCUCGGCCGCGCCGGGGCCCUAGGCGCCACCGUCGUCGCGCCCCCGCCGCGGCCGGCCACAGGACCACUCGCUGUCGGCCCUUCCGGACCCGGCGCCGCCUCCGCUGGUGCCCAGGGGUGUAAGCUAGCACAUAUUACACAUCAGUGACUGAUUAAAGACUGUGUCCAGUGGAUGUGAGUUUCAUUCAGUUUGAGUUUGGCUUGAGAUGACAGUUGGAUUGACAUCUCAUCUGUUCCAAAGAGUAACUGCUACUGACAUAUUUUGCCAAAGGAACAAAUUUAGGAGUCCUGAGAUGAGGAGUUCUCUUCCCUUGCCAUCCACCUCGUUUCCUUCAGUUGCUGAUAGGCGAUACUGUUGGGAUCACAAUAUGUUAGAGAGUAGCUACAGGCCCAUGCUUUAUACACCUCGCAGAUACAGAUCUUUGGGCUUCAGAUCUUGUGCCUUGCCAGUUCCUUUGAAGGAAAUUCCUCUUGUCAAGAAUGCAUCAUUAGCACUAACUAGGUCAUGUGAUACUUUACUUGCAAAUCCUGCUACCUCACUUGUGGUCCCUGCAAUUGGGAUUAUUGUGUUUGCUCUGUGGGGUUUUUUGCCUCUAGUGCGUGAUAUUAGAAACCGUUUUGAUCAUGGAAGCAACUGGAAGAAGAGCCCUACAUAUUUGAUUUCUUCGUCGUACCUUCAACCUCUACUUCUCUGGACAGGAGCAACACUAAUCUGCAGGGGUUUGGAUCCAGUUGUCUUGCCUUCAGCAGCAAGCCAAGCUGUGAAAACACGCCUGAUAACUUUUGUGAGAUCAUUAUCAACUGUCCUAGCUGUUGCAUAUAUUCUCACAAGCUUGAUUCAACAGGUACAGAAGUUUCUUAUGGACAUGCGCAAUCCCAGUGAUGCAAGAAACAUGGGGUUUGAUUUUACCAUGAAAGCUCUUUAUACUGGUGUCUGGAUUGCUGCUUUUUCUCUCUUUAUGGAGUUGCUGGGUUUCAAUACCCAAAAGUGGAUAACUGCUGGAGGGUUUGGGACAGUGUUGCUUACACUUGCUGGUCGUGAGAUUUUCACUAACUUCCUCUCAAGUGUCAUGAUCAAUGCCACACGCCCAUUUGUAGUCAAUGAAUGGAUCGAUGUAAAGAUAGAUGGUGUUGAUGUCUCUGGCAUUGUUGAGCAUGUUGGUUUGUGGUCUCCAACAAUCAUUAGAGGUGUUGAUCGAGAAGCGAUAUACGUUCCUAACCAUAAGUUUACAGUUUCUAUAUUAAGAAAUAACACUCAGAGGACCCAUUGGCGUAUUAAGACCUAUCUUGCUAUUAGCCACAUGGAUGCCGGAAAAAUUGGGACUAUAGUUGCUGACAUGAGGAAAGUGUUGGCAAAAAAUCCACAUAUAGAACAACAAAAGCUGCACAGGAGAGUAUUCUUUGAGAAAAUUGAUCCAAAAAAUCAAGCACUUAUGAUUUUAGUAUCCUGCUUUGUAAAGACGUCACAUUUUGAGGAGUUUCUCAAUGUCCAGGAAGCUGUUAUGUUGGAUCUUCUUAGAAUAGUUGGGCAUCACAAAGCAAGGCUUGCUACCCAAAUUCGAACAGUUCAGAAAUCAUAUGGCAAUGCAGACUUUGAUAACAUUCCUUUUGGAGAAGACAUGUAUAGUCGUGUCCGUGGCCGUCCACUUCUGAUUGAUACAUCUGCAAGGAUCAGUGAUGACAAACCCAAGCCUCGACCUGUAUCAUCACGUGAGGAGCAUAAAGUCAAGACAAAUGGCUCGGUAGAGAUCAAGUCUGCUUCACCUGAGAAUGCUAGUUUAAGCAACUCUGAAAAGCAGGAACAGAAAAAAAUGGUACCUGAAGAUGCUCGGGCGAAGAAGAUUAAGAGUGAUAAUGUGACACCAGUAACACCGUCUUUAGAUCCUGCUACGUCAACUUCUAAGACUGGUAAAGGGAAGACACGUGAAGCAGAGCCCACUGAGCGGCAAGGUGAUGGGUCAGUCUCGGUGGCUAAUCCAAAGAAAGAAUCUAGACCAGCUUUUGAAGAUAACAUUGUUCUGGGCGUAGCCCUUGAGGGCUCCAAGAGGACACUGCCUAUUGAAGAAGGAAAUCCUUAUCUAUCACUAUCUGAGACUGAGCUGGACAACGAAGAGGCGGCUUCAUCACCGAAGGAUAAGAUAGGUCAAAGCCCAAAACUUUGAGGUCAAGAGAAAAGCCGUUCAGAGGAAUCUCAGAUAGGUCAUCCGAGUUCAAACUGUAUAUCCUUGUGAAGAUUUGUCACCAAGCCUACCUUUUUUGUGCGCUUGUGCAAAUGCAAUCUAGUACGACACAUCAGUGUUCUAUGUUUAAGGUGUAAAUUGCCACUGAUGAUUAUUCAGGGGACAUUACCUGUUGAAAUAUAUCAGUCGCAUUGCUAUAGGCUUGUAAAGAAGCAAGUGCUUCGACAAGCAUUUUGUACAGAUUCUGCUACUUCUUGAUUUAAGUGGCUUCUUGCAUAUGCA